UGGGCGCCCGAGGAGGCCGAGGCGGAGCGGGGCCGCGGGCGCCGGCGGCCGCGAUCCCAGGGCGCUCCGAGCUCGCGGGAGGUGGCGCGGGGUCCGGCUUAGCCGCGUGCCCACGUGCGCGCCCGCGGGCCGGCGCGGGGCUCUAGGGUGGCUGCGCACCCCCCAGGGACCCAUGGGGCCCGGGGCCGGGGGUCGCCGGGCUGCGGCGGAGCCGAGGGGCUGAGCGGGCGGCCGGCUGCGCCAUGGCGGCGCCGGGCUGUGGGCCCUGAGCGCCGGCGGCAGGCGCGCACCAUGAACUCGUGGGACGCGGGCCUGGUGGGGCUGCUGGUGGGCACGAUGGGCGUUUCGCUGCUGUCCAACGCGCUGGUGCUGCUCUGCCUGCUGCACAGCGCCGACAUCCGCCGCCAGGCGCCCGCGCUCUUCACCCUCAACCUCACGUGCGGCAACCUGCUGUGCACCGUGGUCAACAUGCCGCUCACGCUGGCCGGCGUCGUGGCGCAGCGGCAGCCGGCUGGCGACCGCCUGUGCCACCUGGCUGCCUUCCUCGACACCUUCCUAGCCGCCAACUCCAUGCUCAGCAUGGCCGCACUCAGCAUCGACCGCUGGGUGGCCGUGGUCUUCCCGCUGAGCUACCGCGCGAAGAUGCGCCUCCGCGACGCGGCGCUCAUGGUGGCCUACACGUGGCUGCACGCGCUCGCCUUCCCAGCCGCCGCGCUCUCCCUGUCCUGGCUGGGCUUCCACCAGCUCUACGCUUCGUGCACGCUGUGCAGCCGGCGGCCGGACGAGCGCCUGCGCUUCGCCGUCUUCACGGGCACCUUCCACGCGCUCAGCUUCCUGCUCUCCUUCGUCGUGCUCUGCUGCACGUACCUCAAGGUGCUCAAGGUGGCCCGUUUCCACUGCAAGCGCAUCGACGUGAUCACCAUGCAGACUCUCGUGCUGCUCGUGGACAUCCAUCCCAGUGUGCGAGAACGCUGUCUGGAGGAACAGAAGAGACGGCGCCAGCGUGCCACCAAGAAGAUCAGCACCUUCAUAGGGACCUUCCUCGUGUGUUUUGCACCCUACGUGAUCACCAGGCUGGUGGAGCUGUCCUCCGCAGUGCCCAUCGGGUCCCACUGGGGGGUGCUGUCCAAGUGCUUGGCCUACAGCAAGGCGGCCUCCGACCCCUUCGUGUACUCCCUGCUGCGGCACCAGUACCGCAAAAGCUGCAAAGAGAUGCUGAACCGAGUGCUCCACAGGCGCUCCCUCCGCUCCUCGGGCCUCACGGGGGACUCCCACUGCCAGAACAUUCUACCCAUCUCUGAGUGAAAGAUGCUGUGCCUGCUGGACGAUUUGGAAUGAGACAGCUGGUGAGAAGCGGGGAAGGAGGGCUUGGGGCCUCUGGGUGGACACCACCAGCUGCCACCCACCUGGCACCCCAGUGAUUCCAGUCCCCUGGCUUGUGGGGCGCUGCUCCCUGCUUCCUGGUUCCUCAAGGGCAGAGGUGGGGCUGCCCUGUUUACCACCAAAGGAUGACUGUGGUCACGUGCUCUGGCUUUUCUUUCUGAGAAGCUCCCCUGAGCCCCUGGGCUCCCCAGAGGCUCCCCAGGCCAUACCUGGAGGAUGACUGGAUGUGUCCAGGCAUGAUCGAGGACACACCCUCCUGGUGGCAGGUGGGGGAGCAUGACAUCACUGCUUCCUAACCACUGGACACUGGGUUCCAUGCCAAGGAAAAGUGGGGUCUCCACGGGACACCCACCACACUGAAGGUGAGGCUGGCAUCUAGCACGACUUCUUCUCCACAUGCUUGUGGCGGCGGCCUUCACCCAAAUAUUACACAGCUGGUCCUCACUAUAUUGUAUCUGGCUUGGACUCUCAAGCCCUGUGCCCAAGAGGAAAAUGUGUAACAACCAGUGGCCACCCAGGUGUUGCUGACCAGUUGUCUUGGGAAUGGUUAUGUUGGAUUCAACUUUUAACCCUCUCCUCCCGGAAAAAACUUGUUGUAGACAAUCUUAGCAUGAAAAUGGUUUAAAUAGGCGGGUAAUAUAUGUAAUGCUGUUCUCUGAAGUCUGAACCUGAGGUCAGCUUCAUGUGACUUCCAUGUCAUACCUGUUGGAGCCAAGGAGAGGCAGGAGGAAGGUGUCUGGCUGGCGUCCCCAACCCGGUUUGUGACCUGAAUUUGCAGGAAGCAUUUUACCUUGUCUCACACAUUUUGUCCAGCACAUCCUGUGAGAUCAUGGACAAGAACUGACCGGGGCAGGGUUUUAGCCUUGAUUUUUAAGGCACUAAUUUCCAUUUCCCUACUGGCUCAAUAUGCUGUUUUUUUGAGUCUAUCAAAAGAAAGUCUGUCCAAGGUUCCAAGGUGACUGAGAAAGUUCUGUGUGCUAAUGAAGGAGCAGUGAAAUUUUUAUUGAAAACCCUAACUGUAAUAUAUAUGCCAACCCAUUGGCAACCACUCUCUUGGUUUAAUAAAAACCAAGGUGAGUGGACCAUGCUUUCCACCUGUCUGUUUUCAUUUACCAUCUCAAAUUAAUGUGUGAAUGCUGAGAGCAGUUAUUUCUCAGUUAUUUCUCAGCAACAGACUCAGACGGCUCCUUCUCUUCUUCUGCUCUAUACAUCGAACUUUGGAGGAGAAAAGGGGAGGACAUAGUCCAACAGGGACCAACCAAGGAAGAGCCUGUUGCUUGUCACCGCCAAGAGGCCCCAGUAUUGAAAGACAGAGAAGUGCUGUGCAUGUCUAUUUGAAAAGAUGUUGUCUUAUCUACCUUAACUCCUCACUUAGAAAGCACAUAACUGAGCCUGACCUAGUCUUGCCUAGUUUCAAGGUCUCCACGGAGACUGGAACAGAGACAGAGGUAGCUUCUGGGCCUUGACACCUUUCCAUUACAUUGGAGGUGAGCUCACACCUGCUUGGAGGGAACAAUGGGACAUGGACCCUCCCAAUUCCAUAUUUAGGGACAUGAUGUUGGCAGCUUGAAGCCAGCCAUGAUGGAAAUAUUUACUCUAAAGAAAUCAGCAAAGGCUAUAUAAAUCAGGUGUUUUUCUGCACUGAGAGCUGGUUAUUAAACAGCGUACCACUGCCCACACAUGACUUUGCAUGUUACUGAAAAAUUGCUCUAUUCAGAGUGCAUUUGGCUCUCGAAUUUGAAUGGCAGCAGACAUUCAAUUUUGUGGCGCUUAAAAUUCCUAGUGACAAGCAGCUGUUCACCCUCCAUUGUCCCAACAUCAGAAGUACCAGUGAGGUUGAAAACAAGCGUGGAACCAAAAAAGUAUACCCAACUGAAUCCGACAAUCUCCCUUUGCACAGAAAUACUCUCGAAAUUGGGCGACAGAGGAGCGAUGGCCUAGCGGGUGAGGUCAUUAGACAGCCAGAUUCAAGCAGCAAAAUGUUUUCAUCAACGUCAGUUGGGAGGAAUGCCUCGUCAAAUCCUCUUUCUGUACAGGCAACAUCUUACACUUCCAGAAGAGACUAGAUCUCUCUUACCUCUCCUUUAGCAAAGAAACAAGAUUUGUCACCCACAACACCAUGGAUCUUAAAAAGAUAGAUCUCAUAGUUUUCACUAAGCCUCUAGGACUGCUAGAAAAAAAGGAAACCACAGUAAAACCAGGUGUAUUGGUGUCACAUAGACAAAACCCCAGAUAAGUCAGUUAAUUGGGUGUCUUCAUUAUUAUUUAGACGGGCAGGAAAACCCAAGGAGAAGCGAGAAGAAAAUCACUGCAUUAGUGAUCACCACCGAUGCCUCUGCUACAGUUUCCUUAGAUGAAUGUUUCCAUUCCUCUGUAUACAGUCUAUGAAAUCUUCCCAGCUUCAUUAUUCCCUUGUGAAUUGCCUACCUCAUUUGGUAAUUUAAUUUAUCAAACGUAACAUAGUUUUCUCAGGUAAAAUUUAGAAACAUCAAGCUCAGCAGCUAUGUCAAAGGGCCUGGGAUUACGUACUUGACUGCAGUCUGUCGGAAGCCUUGAUGUUUAAGGCCCAAACUCUGGUGGGCAGCUGGACUGGGUGUGAAGGCACUUUAAGAAGCUUGAAAAUAAGCACUGGGAGGGAGGGGCCAUCAAAUUCCUAAACGCACAGAGAGGGCUCAGUUGCUAGCCCUACACCAUCAGAAUUUGUAGGUUUAAACCCAGCCCAUGACGCUUUUUCCAGUCACUCUUUAAUGACCCUACCUUGUCCUUUGGCUCCUUCCUGAAGGAGGGGGUUUCAGAGUCCUGGGACCCGCUAAGGAACCAGCACCUUGGAUGAGUGUCAUAACAUUUGGAGUUUGUGGGUCUCAGCUGACAUCCCAAAAGAUGUUUCACUAACAGCCCGCCGAUUGUUCCUUAGAAAUCGGUGGGGGGGGGAGGGGAGGUUGGCUUGAGUCACCUCACACCAACUGUACGUCCCCCUAGGAGUAGUCAGCUCAGGCGUCUGUCACCAUGAGCAAUAAACCUCUCUCCUGUUUGUGAAAUUAGUUUUCUCUUUCCUGGUGCCUUCCUUUAUGAGAGAAGGUGUGACCCUUGACGGGAUCGCAAGCUGUGCAGUUUUAUAAUGUAACUCAAAUGCAGGACACACUAAUUUGCCUGUGAUUUUAAUGAGGAUAUUGUAUCAAGUGCCAGAAAUGCCUUGUAUCAGUUCAUAUCCUUUGGACCAUGAGCACCACAGGGCAGAGAGAGGCCCUGGAUAUAUUUGGGGCUCCUGCUACCUUUCCGAAAGGUCUAAAGCAUCUGAGAUGGAAGUUUUUAAUGCACUUUAUUAUCCCUAAGAAUUACCAAGGGAGCUUGUUUCGAUGCAGAGUCCUGUGCCCCCUCCUCACAGAUCAGUUGAAGGAGGUCUGGGUAGGACCUGGGAUUCUACAUUUUCAAACAUCAGGGCCCAGGUGACUGUUACAGGUGGUCUUCAAACUACUCCCUGAGGGAAAUGAUCUUAGACACUUGGAUAAACUCCAUGAAAAAAAAUGGGUCUUUCUAAAUAUUCUGCAUUUCA